AUGGAGGCGAAAAAAUCUUCAGUGGAUAGUGAUGAAGAAGUGCAAUUUCAAUCACCUCGUAAAUUGUACAAACGUGCAAAGAAAUGCUCCGAGCUGGACGAUUUCGAUGCUGAUAAAUGCAAUAAUGGCCGCAAAAUGCUUAUGGAGCGAAACGAUAUAGUCGCUUUACGAUGUAAAUUUGUACGUACAAUGUGUACACUCAGACAGAAUGAAGAUAUCCGACCUGUGGUUUACCUAGAUGAAACCUGGGUAAACCAAAAUCAUUCAAGGUCUCAUAUUUGGCAGAAUAAUGAAGAAACUGAGGGAUUUAAAAUACCAACCGGCAAAGGAGGUCGCCUAAUAAUUACUCACGCUGGACCAUCGCAUUUUGGGUUCAUAGAGGGAUCGAAAUUAGUUUUUAAAUGUCAAGCUGGAAAUUCUACUGACUACCAUUCGUCUAUGAAUUCAGAUAUGUUUAAACAAUGGUAUGUAGAUAUGCUAAAACUACUUCCCGAACCAUGCGUAAUCGUUAUGGAUAAUGCACCCUAUCAUUAUAUGUUGGUAAACAAUCAUCCAAAAUGUAAUGCUCGAAAAGCUAAGGUGCAGGAAUGGCUGAAAAAUUAA